ACGGAUGAUUUACGAAGAGAGUAAUUCCUUCUGCAACGAGGUGAAUGAUAGCCAGUGUAGCUAUCCACUUCGGUGCUGAAUGGUUUCUUACAAUUAAAAUAAAGAUUUCAAUAUAAUACGCAUCCCAGCAAACUUUAUGAGAAGCAGUAAAGUGAUGUGAAUAAUAAUAUUUCCGAAAUCCCCAAUUUUGCCUACAACGAUUACAAAGCAAGUACAGAGUUAUACUUCGUUUUUUUUAUACCACACUCUAUGUUACUGCAUAUGAACACAUAGAACCAUGCACGUUAUACAAGUGCCCAAAUACACCAAAUAUAACAAACAAAAUGUAGUCUCAGUCUGUCUACUACCUCGAAGGGUAUCAUCGUCAAACAAAGUCAAGUCCAAACAACAAGAGUAUGAAGCCCGCUUCGUCAGAAGAAGCAUUCCAGGACGAAUCCCAUUCAGGCAAAUUAAAGCAGAAAAGAAACGGGCGUGGCGAAAAACAGAAGAGGAGAUGCGGCAGCAACUCCAACACAAAGAAUUAGAAAAAGCCGAAUUAAGAUUAAUAGACGAAAUACCAUCAUGGCAGUCCGCCGCGCAAGCAGGAGAGCCUCACACACUAUCCUGCAUAUGGCCCACGUAUGGAAUCUCGCAGGACGCGACUACAUUCAUAACAAUGCAUUACGCGACAGACGGCUAG